CAACCGAUGGGAAUAGAACAAAUGGACCCACUUUGCUUGUCAGCGAUCGGAACAAGUAUAAGUCGAUGCUUAUCCGUACAUAUUCUACUGUGUGGAUGAUUGGCGGCUUUGCAUUCCUAGUUUAUAUGGGCCAUCUUUAUAUCUGGGCCAUGGUGGUUGUCAUUCAAAUAUUCAUGGCGACAGAGCUUUUCAACCUACUCAGAAAAUCCAGUGAAGAGAAGCAACUGCCAGGGUUCAGGCUCCUAAAUUGGCACUUCUUUUUCACGGCAAUGUUGUUUACAUAUGGACGCUUUCUUAGUCGGGAGUUUGUUAACACAGUAUCUUCAGAUCACUUGUUGUAUAAGCUCGUCAGCGGCCUAAUAAAGUAUCAGAUGUUUAUUUGCUAUUUUCUUUAUAUUUCAGGAUUUGUAUGGUUUAUUUUGACACUGAAGAAAAAGACAUACAAAUACCAGUUCAAACAGUAUGCCUGGACACACAUGAUUCUUUUAACGGUUUUUGCACAAUCUUCUUUCACGGUGGCAAAUAUAUUUGAAGGAAUGUUCUGGUAAGCCAUAUAUUUAUCUU